GUGGAUAGUUGUGCGCGUCGGGUUAGUCUGAUGGCAGGACUUUGUGUGCGGCUUCCUCAAAUCCCUCUCACAAAUCUGAGAUUUUUACGCUCACGCACCCUAAAGAUAGUGCUGUGCUCUUCGACAUCAUCUGUGGAAAGCAAUAAAUGGGAACCUUUCAUCAAAAAGAAAGUUGUGAUGCGCGUGGGAUACGUGGGUUCUGAUUAUCGAGGUUUGCAAAUGCAAAGAGAUGAACAUCAACUGUCCAGGCCCAUUCUGCUCCCAACAUGAUCUUUUCUAUACCCGGGGAUCGAAUCCGAGACCUUUGGUUAAGGGUGGAGGGAUCCCAACCAUCUCACCACAGCUUAGUCAACAUUAUUUGCUUACUUGUGCUACAACCAUUGAAGGUGAACUGGAAAAAGCUAUCUUCAAAGCUGGUGGUAUUCGAGAAAGUAAUUUUGGAAAUUUAUAUAAAAUUGGCUGGGCGAGAAGUAGUCGAACCGAUAAAGGAGUUCAUUCCUUGGCGACAAUGAUAUCUCUUAAAAUGGAGAUUCCUGCAGAUGCAUGGGAGGAUGAUCCAAAUGGGAUCACUCUUGCUAAUUGCGUGAACUCGAGUCUUCCAGAAAAUAUCAGAGUUUUCAGUAUUCUACCCUCAAAAAAGAGGUUUGAUGCCAGAAGAGAGUGUAAUGCACGCAAGUAUUCUUAUCUCAUUCCUGCUGAAAUCAUCGGGAUUAAGAAUGAUUCUGCUUCUUCUGAAAUCGAGUACCAUAUAGCCAAUUUUAAUGACAUACUAAAUUCUUUCGAGGGAGAACAUCCUUUCCACAAUUACACAAUACGAUCCAAGUACAGAAAACAAUCUCCUGCCAGAAACUUGUUAAAAAAUGACAGUCUCUUAAAAAAAGGGAGGCCCUCCAGUGAGGAAGAAAUAUCUGGGUCUGAGGAAAUUGAUGGAGAACAAAACCGUAAAGAGCAGGGGGUUGUGACGAUUGUUGAGGCUGAAAAUCAAAAUGCAGAAGGCAACUGUAAUUUGAAAGUUAGUCAUUCAAAGGAUCUUAAUUCUGUUAUACCAAUUCAAGCAAGAUGGCUCCAUGAACCCGAUGCAAGAGAUAAACUUAGCUCUGCUCAUUUCAGAAGGAUUUUUCACUGUCAUUGUGGAAAAUUGGAGAAGUUGCUCGGCAUGAAUUAUGUUGAAGUUUCCAUCUGUGGAGAGUCAUUCAUGUUACAUCAAAUACGCAAAAUGGUAGGGACAGCAGUUGCGAUAAAACGCAAUCUUCUACCACAUGAUACUUUGAGAAUGUCGUUAUGCAAGUUUUCAAGGAUUGUGUUACCCCUAGCCCCAUCAGAAGUUUUGGUUUUGAAGGGGAACAAUUUUGCUUUGAGAAACCAUCCAGGCAACAUAAUAAGACCUGAAAUGUUGACAUUGUUGGAAUCAGACGAUAUUCUCAAAGCAGUUGAUGACUUCUACUACUCUACAUUGUUACCUCAGCUUUCUAGAUUUUUAGACCCUUCAAAGUCCCCUUGGAGUGAGUGGGUAGAAAUACUGGAUGCAAACACAAGCAUUCCAGAUUAUCAAUUAGAAGAAGUAAGGGUUGCUUGGAAAUUGUGGAAGGCACAGUAUGAUAGCAGAACUAAGUUUCCAUCAGUAUUGGCUCAAGGUACAUUAUGCAUUAUCACUAAUUUGAUGUUCUGUUGAGCCGUCUCCUCUUUCCUUGGCUUACUGGAUGUUAGGCCCAGAGUCUGGUGUCGUAUGAUGGUCAAAUUGUUAAGAGCAUCAAUCAAAGAUAAAACCUCUGUUUGGUAUUUGCUAAAACAAGGAUGGAAAUUGGCAACUUGGAGAAAAAUGACCUUUUGGAAAGUUACCGGUUUCAAAAAGAAAAAAGAAGAGAAAAAUGACCUUUUGGGCAUGCAUGUCGACAAGUCUGUUCCACAAUCAAAAUUAUGACCACCAGACAACUAAUACUCUCUGUACCUAUUUGGAUAUGCAAUAAUAACUCUAACUUGCCAUUAUCUUCACUUUUUCUUUUUCUUUUUAUCAAAGAAGAAACUAGUUUAUUUAUAGAACACAGGACAAAUAUUUUUGAACCAACUUUUCUUUUAUAAAUUCAAAUACCAUAUAAUUCUCA